GAGCAAACAUGGCGCUACCCGGCACAUCACUCGUGCGUCUGAAGCUGAUGAGCCGUUUUCUAAAAUGUUUUACCACGGGAGGCAAACCUGUGUUGGGCUGGAAUUGCGACAUACGAUGUUACAAGAUGAAAGCUCGGUGUUUCCAGGAACACGCGCCAUCAGCUCAACGCGGCAGUGUGACACUCUCCAAAGAGUUCCCUGAUCCCAAGACCUUCCUGAAUAACACCAUCUCUCGUUCCCUGGGAGUCAGUGACAUGUCCCGGUUCGUCCAGUACAGCUGCAGCGAGCACAGAGGAGUCAAGAAAGCUACCGUCAACCGUGCUAUGGCCCUGCAAGUUGAAAUGGAGGGUUAUGCUUCCAACAGGGUGGAUGCAGAACGCGUUGCCUGCACUGCUGCAGGUGUCAAGCUCAAGGAACUGGGUGUGAUUGGUCCCAGACAUCAGCUCCCAAGAAGAGGAACUAGACGAGGCAGAGAAGGAAAACGGUCACCUUCUUACGAUGUUCAGCAUGACGCCUGCACGGACACAUUGGCCAAGGCCUCAGCAGAAGAGCAAAGUCGAUCACUGACUGAUUUAGAGGACGUCGCCAAGAUAUCUGAAGCACUGCGUUUGUUCCCAGAGCGAAGUCUCUCCUGGCGAGGGUGUUCAGUUGCCACGUCAUGCAGUGGGAUAAGGGAGUUCAUCCACUUCAGGACAGAGGGAAGAAAACACAAAAAGUGUGAACUGACGCUUAAGUGGCCGGAGAACAUGACGUUCACGGCCACAGCACGCAAUCGAGUGGCUGCCGAGAAGACGGCUGCAGCUCUCGCCUGUGUGAAACUGAAAGAACUUGGACUGCUGAGUAAAGACAACGUUCCGCUGACUCACGCCCAGUACCACCAUGAGAAGGUGAGAGAGGCAGGAGCGAGGGAGAGACGCCCCUUCCUGCUAGAAGUCCCCGAAUACAUGGAGGAUCGGGUCAGGGAUUAUCUUGCCGAGUAUCCAGCGGCAACAGACCUACAGAAGUACUGGAAGGAGGAAGAGGCGAGAGAACAGCAGAUGAUACACCAGGAAGAGGAGGAUGAAGAUGAUGACUUGGUGACAGACGCCAUUACGGGUCAGCCAUACAGACCUUUGUUGAAAGAAAAGGCCAAGGAGCUCAGCCUGCACCUGCAGGACAAAUGGGAGAGGGCAAAUCCUAAACUGGGCGUGGAGCUGCCAGUUGACGCCCAUCGCCAACAUGUUGUUUCUACUGUUCAGACAUCCAGGGUGGUCGUGAUCGCAGGCGAAACAGGGUGCGGUAAAACGACUCGAAUCCCUCGUUUCCUGCUGGAAGAAUGCGUGAAAAGUGGCGAGGGCGCAGAGUGCAACAUUCUGGUCACUCAGCCUCGUCGUAUCAGCGCGGUGUCAGUGGCCCAUCGUGUUGCUGAGGAGAUGGGUCCAGCGUUAAAACACUCUGUCGGAUAUCAGGUGAGGCUCGAAAGCCGUCCCCCAGAUCACAGCGGAGGAGCCAUGCUCUUCCUCACAGUGGGGGUCCUGCUGAGGAAGCUGCAGGGGAACCCGUACCUGCAGGGCAUCAGUCACGUGGUGGUGGACGAGGUCCAUGAGCGAGACAUAAACACAGACCUCCUUCUGGCCCUGCUGCGUACCAGCUUAGUUGAGAACUCUGACCUGCGUGUGGUACUAAUGAGUGCCACUGGAGACAACCAGAGGUUAGCCCAGUACUUUGGAGGAUGUCCUAUUGUAAAGGUUCCUGGAUUUAUGCACCCGGUGCAGGAUAGAUAUCUGGAGGAUGUACUGAGAGAGAUGGGAUGCUCAGCCCCAGUUCAGCAGAGGACACUGGCUGAUGAACAGUUUAACGAGAAAGAUGACAUUGCACCAGAUCUGGACUUGGUGGCCGACGUUAUUGAGCAUAUUGACGCACACGGGGAGCCAGGUGCAGUGCUGUGUUUCCUGCCUGGGUGGCAGGAUAUCAAAGCGAUUCAGGAAAAACUGGAGGGGAAGCCACAUUUCUCAUCACACUCACACAUGAUCCUGCCACUGCACUCCAGUAUGUCAGUUUCAGACCAACAAAAAGUCUUCCAGCGCCCACAAGUGGGCCAAAGGAAGAUUGUUCUCGCCACCAACAUUGCAGAGACGUCCAUCACUAUUGACGACAUUGUUCACGUGGUCGAUGUUGGAACUCACAAACAGCAAAAUUAUGAUCCAAGGACCAAGGUCUCUUGUCUGGACACGGUGUGGGUAUCUCGAUCCAACGUCACUCAAAGAAAAGGGAGAGCAGGGCGAUGUCAGCCGGGAUGGUCCUAUCACCUGUUCUCAAGAGUCCAACUGGAAUCCAUGACUCCCUUCCCCAUUCCUGAGAUUCUGCGCACCCCCCUGGAGAGUUUAGUAAUGCAGGCCAAAAUCCACAGUCCAAACAGCAAGGCUGUAGAUUUCUUAUCCCAAGUGUUGGACAGUCCAGAGCAACAAGCUGUGAGAGAUGCUGUCCGAAAUCUACAGACAUCGGUGAGUGUUCUGGAUAAAACCGAAACCCUGACUCCUUUAGGAGAACGUGUUGCCUGCAUGUCAUGUGACCCACGGCUGGGAAAAGUGAUGGUUCUGGCAGUGAUGUUCCGAUGUUUGCCCCUGAUGUCUGUAGCUGGUUCGACCAGAGACCCGUUCCACAACAGUCUGCAGAACAGAGCACUUGUUAAUCAGGCAAAACGGGAACUGAGUGAUUCCAGUUUCAGUGACUAUUUGGUGUUCAGUCGGGCCAUGUUGGGCUGGAGACAACUUCAACGGGAAGGCAGUAGAGAUGAUCGAGAAGACUACCUUCAACAAUUGUCCCUGUCUCGGAACAGCCUUCGGUUCAUCAGUGGUCUCAUCUCUCAGUUCAGUGAGAACCUGUACGAAGCAGAGCUGGUUUCUCACUCCACUAAGUGCCAGAAUUCCUUUUCUCUCUGCAAUGAGCACAGUAAUGAGGAUGAACUGCUCCAGGCCGUGCUGCUGGCUGGACUCUAUCCCAACCUCAUUCAGGUGAAAAAGGGCGUAAUAACUAAGGGAGGGCGUUUUCGCCCCAAUGACAUGGCCUAUCGCACACAGAGUGGGCCGGUGGUGAUACACCGCUCCUCGGUGAACAGAGGAAGAGAACAGCUCCCCAGUCGUUGGAUGACCUUCUUUAGCGCAGUCAAGUCCAACGGCCGUGUUUUCAUCAGAGACUCUUCUGUUGUCCAUCCACUUGCUCUGCUGCUGCUCACAGACUGUAACGUCAUGGAGAGAGUAACUGGAGACCGAGUACAUGUGUCGUUUCCUGGGUGCUCAUUGGUCCGCUGUGAGAUGUCGGCUCAGACCUGGGAGCUGCUGUGGGACCUGCGCACGUCCAUCCAGACCAUGCUGUACCGCAACCUCCGCGACCCCGACAAGAUCAUCAGCAACUCUUCUCAAGAUGGCAAGAUCAUCUCCUUACUGGUAGAGCUGCUGAAGAACACGAACGCAAAUCCACAUGAGACGGACGACAGCAGCGACGACAGCGAGGUGGACUAAGAGGAAGGAGAUCCUGUCUGCUGCUUGGAACGCAAGAACCGAGGAGGACCGACGUUAUUAUGACUGGGAGCUCUCAGAGCAGGAAUCCACACGAUGGUCUGCGACUGUCAAUAUUCUGUGUACAAGGAAAACGAGUACUCGGAUCAUAGUUUCUGCUUUUGAGAAGCAGAGGUUUUAUUCUGAGUAGAAAUUCAGAGUCACUCAGCAAAUGACUGAAUGCAGUAAAAUAGUCUUUAUUGUAAUAAAGAAAUGUGUGGAAAUUUUCUUGUCGGCU